AAAGAUAUAUAACUAAUUUUAUUAUAAACAGUAAUGAAUAUUAUUUCAUAUAUUCUUAAUAUAUAUAAAGUAUCAGUCGUGAAAAUUAUAUAAAAGUAGUUCCUACUAUAUUGAAGCAAAUAUUAAACAAUUGCAUAACAUUACAAAUACAAAUUUACUUUUUGUUUUUUUCUUUUUUUUUUUGUACGUGUCGUAUAUAAGACAAAUAUUUCGUAUUGUGAAAAGUAAGAUAUUUUUCUAAAAAUAUUACAAAAAAAUAAUAAAAACACUGCUUUGAGAAUUAAACUUUGACGAUGUGUGAUACAACAAACGAUGAAAGUAAUCUCUUGACUUCGUACGUAAAAUGGUCUAAAAGGUGCAUAUAUCGUGAUGUUAUAAGUGUGUUUAUUCUUAUCUGAUAUUUUUGUUUUUUUGUAAAUUAUUAUUACUAUUAUUAUUAUUGUUAUUAUUAUUAUUAUUAUUAUUAUCAUCAUCAUCAUCAUCAUCAUCAUCAUCAUUCAUUCAUCGAAUCUUUUUUUUCAUUGAGUUAUUGAUUUAAGUUAUUAACUUGUGAAGUAUAGAAGAAAAAAUGAGAACAAAUCCAUGCACAUAGGCUCACCAAAUUCCAUCAACGUGUUUUGCAGAUUCGGCAAAAUUUUUGCAAUAUGAGAUGUGGUGAAGAAGAAAGUGAAGAAAUAAAAGAGAUAAAGGCAACGUGCUCAAAAUGUAAUAAUGAUAAUAAAGAGGGCACUUAUAAUUUUUCUCACAUACAAGAUUUAUGCCCUGCUGAUAGAAAGCGUAUAUCAUUAUUAAUCAAACAUUUGGCAAAAUGCACUCGUGAGAUGCACGAAAUUAAAUCUGAUUUAGCCGUGAGCGAAUCUGAAAAAAAAGCUUUGCUUGAGGAAUAUCAAAUAUUUCUUAAUCGUCAUAAAUGUGAAAAAAAGCAAUUAGAAUUUGAACUAUCCGAAGCUAAGACAAAAAGAACAAGUUUAAGGAUUCAAAUUAUACAAGCACUUGAAUUGUUAACAUGUCAAUUGUUAGCACAAGAAAAACAAUUUAUGAAUCUAGUAGAAAAUGUAAGAGAUCUUUUAUGUGAAAAAGUUAUUAUCCAUGAGGUUCUUAGUCAAAAGGAGAUAGAGAAAAGUAAUCUCAUAGGAAAAAUUCAAAGAUUAAAAGAAUCUCUUAGAUUAGAGAAAUUAUUGCAUUCCAAAGAUCUUGCUCAAAAUCUUCUUAAAAAUAAAAUGAUCGAUAAAGCCUCUCAAACGACAGAUGAUCCCAAUCAUUUGUAUACAAAAUGUGAUAUCAGAAAAUAUAAUUUUAACACCACUAAUAUAGAACUGAAUCUAAAACAUUCUCAAGAUAUAAAAACUAAGAGUAAGAACGAUUUGGAAGAACUUACUAGCGACGGAACACUGAUGCGUGAUCUAUUUUUUAGAGUACCAAACGUUGAGGAUAAUGAAAGUUUAUAUCUUAUGCCAACAUUAUCAAAAGAAUUUAAUCAGACUAAAUCAUCUUCCAGUUCUUUUGUAUUCAAUUAAGUAUAUAUAACAAAUGUAAAAAAAAAACAAUACAUAUGACAUUAAAUAUAUGGUUUAUAAAGGAUGUCUAAAAAAUGUAUGGAAUAUAUAAGUAAAAAUAAAUCGUUUAAUACUUAAUACAUUGAAUACUGAUGUCAAUUUAAAUCUUUUCAUAUACUAAUAAUGUGUACAUUUUAAAAUUUAAGCAUUACUGGAAUAAUCUAACUACUACAAAAUUUUAGUAAUACUAUGAAUGAAUUGGUCAAAGAGUUUAUAUAUAAUUUAAAAAAUUUCAUAUAAUAGUAUUUAAAUGUCUCUUGAAUAUAUAUAUAUAUAUAUAUAUACACAUUCAUAUGACAUUUUAGACCAGAUUUUUAGAAAUAAUAAUAAUAAUAAUAAUAAAAUAUAACAGUAUUUUAAAAUCCACACAUUUACAUUCAUCUCCAUACAAACAUUUCAUACGCUCACACAUACAAUGUAUGUAGGAAUUGUAAGUCAUUUCCAAUAUAACAAAUUAUAAUUCAUCUCGACAAUUUAAUAAAUUUCUCUUACUUUACGUAUUGCAGUCUAUGGCCAUUAAAACACAUUUAAUGAUAUUUCAUUGUAAUCUAUAAAUACAUUAUUAUAUAAUACGCACAUAAUAACAAAA